AAGCUGCGUUGGUUUGCUCAGGAGCGCACAGUGCAAUCGUGUCCUCAGCAAAUGCCAGUCAUGUUUUAUUAAUAUUCCUUGUGGGUGGUUAAAUGCGUAAAAUUAAAACAUAACACAAAUCGCGUUCGAAAGUUAUCUAACCUAAAGAAUUUUGGUUUAUUACUCAGUUUACAAGUGAACAUAGUGCAAAGUGCACAAAAGUUGGAGCUAAAUAAAGCGCUAAUAAGAAUCUGCUAAAUAAAAUGUUUUGGGCAUUAAUUGGUGCGGGCGUUUUUACGUAUGGUGUUAUAUAUUUAGUCGCCUUAUGUUUGGUGGAUAGCGAUUUAAAUCUAGCAUUUCUAGAGCGUUUUGGUAAAUCAAUAAGUAGAAUCAAAGGCAAAGUGGUAUUUAUAACAGGAGCAUCCAGUGGAAUUGGUGAAUAUACAGCCUAUGCUCUUGCUAAACAUGGAGUUAAGCUUGUAUUAGCUGCCAGAAGGAGAAAUGAACUUGAAAGAGUAAAAAGAAAAUGUUUAGAAUUAUCAAAUGGAAGUUUAAUAGACAGUGAUGUUUUGGUUAUUGCAAUGGAUAUGUGUGAUUUGGUUUCACACAAAAUGCAUUUUCAAAAUGCAAUCAGACAUUUUGGACAUGUUGAUGUUCUAUUUAACAAUGCAGGCAGAUCCCAGAGGGCAAUGUGGGAGAAUAUAGAUAUUACAGUUGAUAAAGACCUCUUUGAAUUGAAUGUCUUUUCUGUGAUUAACCUCAGUAGAGUUGCUCUGGAACAUUUCAAUCAGAGAGGAGAAGGACAUGUUGCUGUUACUUCUAGUUUAGCUGGGGUUAUUGGUGUUGCUUAUUCAGGGAGUUAUACUGGUGCUAAACAUGCAAUUCAUGGGUAUAUGAAUUCAUUAAGGAAUGAAAAGAUGGGGAAAAGAAUUACAGUGAGUUUAUUCUGCCCUGGACCUGUUUUUACAAACUUUUUACAGGAAAGUUUUACUGAUAAACCUGGUGAGAAAUAUGGAAUUACAACUCAGCCGACUGAUCGCCGAUUAACAGCCGAACGCUGUGGUCAAUUAUGUGCCAUUGGCAUUGCCAAUAAAAUCAAGGAAGGUUGGAUGGCUAUGUUUCCUUUAAUGCCCAUCACAUACUGCGCUGUUUAUUUUCCAUUAAUAUUCCAUUUGGGUGUGAAAAUUUUGGGACCUGAGAAAAUGUUCAAAUUACGUGACAGCAAAGCACCGCAGUUGAGUUCUGUCGAGGAACAAAAGCGCAUAUAAAUGGUACAAAUUUGGUUAUGGUUUUUUAUUCUUACUGGUUUAUGGGUGUCUUGACCAAUUCUUUCUAUAACAAUCGCCAUAUUCCAUACUAUCUCUUCUUAACUUUUAAGACACCAGACCCAUUCAAGCACUGCAUGAUCGAUAUCAUUAAUAAAUCGUGCAUGUGUUCAUCGAACGCAUUUUGAACUCUAGAUUACAAUGUUCUUAUCAACUGUGUCAAUUUAUAUAAAUUUAUAUUCAAAAAGUGACAAUUAAAAGAAUUAUUUGUAAAAAUAAA